AUGGGCUACCUCUACACCACUGCAGGCUACGCCCUGCUCUUUGCCGUUGCCUACGCUCUCUACCAGCUAUCCCAGGGCCAGAAGGCUGGAAAUCAAGCGCGGGCUCAGAUCAAACCGGCCAAGAGCCCGCAGGCGGAGACUCGUAAGGAGGACCGCAAGAAGAAGCAGCGCCAGGAGGCCUUCGCAUCAGAGGCACAGGAGGCUUCCAAGAAACCCAAGGCUGAUUCAGAGACCAGUGCUUGGACGAGUAGUGCGAAGGACAAAGACGACAAUGUCGACAAUCGCGAAUUCGCCCGCCAAUUGGCGAAGGCCAAGGAAGGCACCAAGUUUGCUGCCAAAUCUGAUGCUGGUAAACAGCGAGAGAAGUCUGUCAAACAAUCCCGCGCCAACAAGGUGGCCAGCGCCGCCGAGGAGAAGGAGUCGGCUCCGUCAUCUACCACUGGUGCCGACGGCGACGAUGACCAGUCUCCUGUAACCUCACCCGAGGUCGGUCCCGCAGUCGCAGUCGCAGGCGAUGUUUCCGACAUGCUCGAGACCGCUCCCGCUCGCCCAACAGUUCUUCGUCUGACCGACACCGAGCCCAAAAAGCAGAACAAGAAGACCCCCAAGGCGGAGGCUCCUGUUGAGACCAAGAAGCAGCGCCAGAACCGUAAGAAGGCCGAGGCGGCCAAGGCUGCUCGUGAGGAAUCCGAGAAGGAGCGAAAGGUUCUCGAGGAGAAGCAACGCCGCGCCGCUCGCAUUGCUGAGGGACGUGCUGCCAAGGACGGCUCCCAGUUCACUGCUGCCCAGAGCAAGUCAUCCGCUUGGAAGGAGGGAGCUCCCAAGGCCCCCGAGGCUGCCCAGAUGAAUGGCUUUCAUCAGCCGCUUGACACAUAUGAGGAAGCCCCCGCUUCUGCAGUGAAUGCCCCCAAGAGCACCGACCGCAAGUGGAUGGAGUCUCUACCUUCUGAAGAGGAGCAGAUCCAGCUCCUCCAAAACGAUGAUGACUGGAGCACUGUCAAGACCAAGUCCAAGAAGGGUGCUAAGAAUGCCACUUCAGCUGGAUCUGGCGACGAGGCUGCGGCCCGCCCCGCCGUCCAGCCUAAGCAACCCACCGGGCCUAACAAGACUUCCCAGCCUUCUCAGUCCUUUGGAUCUUUCUCGGCAUUGACUACUAAGGGCGGUGCUGCUGAGGAAGAGGAGGAAGAAGAAUGGGAUGUUUAA